CACUCGACGUCGACGCAGAGGGAAAAUUUUUCUCCUCUAGCAAAACAGAACAGUGUUGUGAUUUGUGCGUGUGUUCAUGCAUAGUUAUGCACGCAUGUUCCGUGACAAGCCUAUAGUCUCUUAUGGCCCGACGUGCACUGUGUAGCGACGUACCUCUGAUUACGUAUGUGCAUAAGAUUGCGCAAGUGCGACAUUUAAUCGAGGCGGGUGGAGGAGGAGAUAUCCCGAAGCGGAACGCUUGCACCCCCAAGCUGUUUCACCCACAACACAAUAACACAGGGCUCGCUGGCUCUGAGGUAUGCACCAGACGGAGUCUUUCCCGAUUGGGAACUCGGGCUUGGUGGUGUUAUGACAUUCAGAGUACAAAUAUCCUGCAUCCUGUCCGAAGUUGAGGGAAUUCACAUACGCAAAGCGGGUACGCUCCCCUACUAGGUC